GGCCCAAGAAGGUAGUGCGCUUCCGGCCUUCACGAACAGGUUCGUCUCUUCGGCUCCUCCUUGGCUUCGCAAGAGUGGUGCCGCCAGUAGCUCCUCCGCGCUCCGCCGGGACCGACUUGCCGCUGGCCGCCAGGGGCUCCCUCGCCCAGGACCGGCUCCGCCGUCCAACCGUCCUAUCCCCUCCGGCCUCCGCCCAGCACUAGUCAUUGCCCUCUUGCCUACUUGCUGACGUUGGGCGACUGUACAUCGUCCAGACGGUCACAUGUGAAAGCCAUCAAUGGAACGCAUCAUUCAAGAUGAUCUUGACUGACCCCUCUUCCUCUUUCGUUUUCCCCUAUAGAUGGUUCAUAUCCCUCUAAUCCUCAUUUCAAAUGCCAUCUUGGGGAGAAGAAACCUGUUCUGAUUUUAUUCAGUAUUCACUAUAUGGCAUUUGGUUGUAAAUAGACUACGAUCACGAUGACUCUUGAAUAAGUGCGGGAAGCCUACAACACUGGGUACACCCUUUUUUAAAGAAGGGUGGGCCUAGCGCAGCGGUAGAGCCUACCGUCUGUAACUGGAAGGUCCUGGGUUCGAGCCACAACCUCAUAUUAUGCGGGUGAUUCAUAUCAAAGAUCUGAUUCACAUAAUUACCAAGUUCAGCAGUUUUGCCUCUGACGAUAUGGGUUCUUGGGAGGGCCAAGCUAGGCAGCUUUUGUUGGAUGAGGAAGAAGACGAUGAAGAGUUUUUCUUUCUUCUUCUCCCUGCUAUACUUUCAUUCCUCUCUGAAGAGCAAAGCGAAACUGGAGCAGCUAUUGAAAGUUUCGUGGAAUUCAAGAGGAGCACCGCAGCCAAAACGCUCGAAGCUCUUGAAGAAAAGAAGAAGCAUGAUGAAGAUUUCUCUAUUAAAAAGUGUCUAGAGGAGUUGGAUACAAUUGAUGGGCUGACAGAUGAGGAUAGAUCAUAUGCAAUGGAAGUCUUUGAAUCUGGGUUCAACAGAGAAGUGUUUAUGAGUUCAAAAAACCACAAUGUUAGGUUGUUUUGGCUCAAGAGAGAAAUUAAAGCGCUUGCUGCUAUCAUGUGAUGUGAAGUGAAUGUGGUUGUGAAGAGAUAGGCUUACAGAAACCGAAGAAAUCCAACUGCUAGUACCGUUCCAGCGAGAAGACUUCAGCCCUGCUUUCUGAGUGCUUGGUGAACGAUGGAAGGCCUAGGAUGCUGUUUUUGUUUAUGUUGCUUAGAGACGGAUAUUGGAACGAGGAUAUACCUUGUUUGUACGGUAUCGUGCUGCCAAAAUUAAUGCGUUUUAAGCAAUAUUUUGCUAGGCUAACCACGGUUUCUUUUAA